GGGAAGAAAAGAAUGAGUUAGGGCGUGUCCGCCCGUCGGCGCCCAUCGUCAUUGCUUUCCGCAGGACUACCAUCUUUCAUCGCGCAGGCUACAUCGUUUCUGAUUUGUCUGCAGAUCUCGGUCAACCCAAGCCAUGGGCUAAGAAAUCACCCACGGUAUCGAGCUCUCGUUCGAUUUUUUCCGUCUGUUCCGUCCAAUGGUUCAGGUUCAACUGCCGUAUACUUUGUGGGGCGUUGUCGUGACAAUUUUCAGGUUCUUCGCAUCAGAGUCUGGUUUCUCUCGCCAUGGCAUUUCUCAACGGGCCAACGCAAGAAACAGCUUCUAACCAGGCACCGAGGUUUCUUCUAUCGCAUGCGGCUGCUCCGGCUAGCACGUGGCAUGUUAUCGUUGCCUGCAGGGGCAACCCAAUCCAAUAAGGGAUGCCGGGCUGGGCGCUGGCGCUGCAUCUUGCCACGUGUUAUGCCCGCCCUUGUCGGAUACCGAGAUGCCACGCCCUGUUCUCUUUUUUGACAUGGAUAUGUUCAUUGGCAAACGUUUCCAUGCUGUCACCAGAGACAUUGGCUUGGCACGUUUGCCCCCUCCCCAAGGAUCUGCGGCAGUGCACUGGACUAAGAAGUCGAAGUCGUCGAAGCCUUUUUCCAACUCCGAAGCCGCAUCCCCGCCCUUAUAACUCUAACAUCUAUUUGGGCAAGGAGAGCCCAGUACUCUGUCACUCUGGUCGCUGUGCAACUCAGCCUGUUACCGUCCGGACACGACUUUCAUCAAAACCAUCGUCUUCAUCACAACGUAAGCCCAAUUUCCACCGGUGACUGUCCCGAGAUAAUGCAGUGAUGGAACCGUGUGGCCCACAAAAAAAUUUCAACAAUUUUCUAACUUUGCCGUUAAUCCGAAUCGGACCCUCAUCAAGGAUCCAUCACUGGGAGUCAUCAACUUACGACCGCGGUUCCGUAGGUACUAUGUGGUUGACCGUUGACCCUCAUCCUCGCUGCUCCACAGCUUGGCCCUUGGGUCGCACACUAGGGGAUAAGGGUUUCGGUCCGGUGAAGCGAAGGUCUUCAGCAUUACUCAAAGUUUCGGUCUACAGUAAGUGUGUAAUAGUUCUGUGGGUGCGAUAUCCAUACUCUUUUUUGGACGUG